CGCAGCCUCAGCUAGAGAGUCCCAGCCGCUUUCAAUGGAGGAGAAGCCCAGCCAGCCACAGCCUCAGCACCAUCACAGCCACCACCAUCCGCACCAUCACCCCCAGCAGCAACAGCAGCAGCAGUCGCACCACCACCACCAUUAUUAUUUCUACAACCACAGCCACAACCACCAUCACCACCACCAUCACCACCACCAUCACCAGCAGCCUCACCAAUACCUGCAGCAUGGAGCCGAGGGCAGCCCCAAGGCCCAGCCAAAGCCGCUGAAACAUGAGCAGAAACACGCCCUCCAGCAGCACCAGGAAACGCCGAAGAAGAAAACAGGCUAUGGUGAACUAAAUGGUAAUGCUGGAGAAAGAGAAAUAUCUUUAAAGAACCUGGGUUCUGAUGAAGCCACCAACCCUAUUUCCAGGGUCCUCAAUGGCAACCAACAAGUUGUAGACACUAAUCUGAAGCAGACUGUAAAGUCCAGCACCUUUGGGAAAGCAGGAAUUAAAACCAGGAAUUUUAUUCAGAAAAACAGUAUGGACAAAAAGAAUGGGAAGUCUUAUGAAAAUAAAUCCGGAGAGAACCAAUCUGUAGACAAGACUGAUACCGUAGCAAUUCCAAAUGGUGUUGUAACAAAUAAUUCUGGCUAUAUUGCUAAUGGUUAUAUGGGCAAAGGAGCAGAUAAUGAUGGUAGUGGAUCUGAGAGAGGAUAUACCACUCCUAAAAAAAGGAAAGCUAGGCGCAAUAGUGCCAAGGGUUGUGAAAACCUUAAUUUAGUGCAGGACAAAAUAAUGCAACAAGAGACCAAUGUCCCAACCUUAAAACAGGGACUUGAAACUUUCAAGCCUGACUACAGUGAACAAAAGGGAAAUCGAGUAGAUGGUUCAAAGCCCAUUUGGAAGUAUGAAACUGGGCCUGGAGGACCAAGUCGAGGAAAACCUGCUGUGGGUGAUAUGCUGAGGAAAAGCUCUGAUAUUAAGCCUGGUGUGAGCAGCAAAAAGUUUGAUGAUCGGCCCAAAGGAAAGCAUACUUCUGCUGUUGCCUCCAAAGAGGACUCGUGGACCCUAUUUAAACCACCCCCAGUUUUUCCAGUGGACAAUAGCAGUGCUAAAAUAGUUCCUAAAAUAAGUUAUGCAAGCAAAGUUAAGGAAAACCUCAACAAAACUGUACAGAACUCUUCCGUGUCACCAUCUUCAUCUUCAUCCUCUUCGUCAUCUACUGGGGAAACUCAGACCCAAUCUUCAAGUCGAUUAUCCCAGGUCCCUAUGUCAGCGCUGAAAUCUGUUACUUCGGCCAGCUUCUCUAAUGGGCCAGUUUUAGCAGGGACUGAUGCAAGUGUGUAUUCUCCUGGGGGUCAGCCACUGCUAACUACUGCUGCUAAUACUCUAACACCCAUCUCUUCUGGGACUGAUUCAGUUCUCCAAGACAUGAGUCUGACUUCAGCAGCUGUUGAACAAAUUAAGUCCAGCCUUUUUAUCUACCCUUCAAAUAUGCAAACUGUGCUGUUGAGCACAGCACAAGUGGAUCUACCCUCUCAGACAGAUCAGCAAAACCUGGGGGAUAUCUUCCAGAAUCAGUGGGGUUUAUCAUUUAUCAAUGAGCCCAGUGCUGGCCCUGAGACUGUUAUUGGGAAAUCAUCAGAUCAUAAAGUGAUGGAGGUGACAUUUCAAGGGGAAUAUCCUGCCACUUUGGUUUCACAGGGUGCUGAAAUAAUCCCCUCAGGAACUGAGCAUCCUGUGUUUCCCAAGGCUUAUGAGCUGGAAAAACGGACUAGUCCUCAAGUUCUGGGUAGCAUUCUAAAAUCUGGGACUACUAGUGAGAGUGGAGCCUUAUCCUUGGAACCCAGUCAUAUAGGUGACCUGCAAAAAGCAGACACCAGUAGUCAAGGUGCUUUAGUGUUUCUCUCAAAGGACUAUGAGAUAGAAAAUCAAAAUCCUCUGGCGUCUCCUACGAACACUUUGUUAGGCUCCGCCAAAGAACAGAGAUACCAGAGAGGCCUAGAAAGGAAUGAUAGCUGGGGUUCUUUUGACCUGAGGGCUGCUAUUGUAUAUCACACUAAAGAAAUGGAAUCUGUUUGGAAUUUGCAGAAGCAAGAUCUCAAAAGGAUAAUCACUUACAAUGAAGCCAUGGAUAGUCCAGAUCAAUGAAGGACCAGACUGCCUAUUUGUAACCUUUCUGCAGCAUUAGAGCCACCGUUCAUGGGGGACACAAGGCUUUUAUGCUCCUAGAUCUUCAACGCAGCAGAGGAACCAUAAGUAGAAUCACAGGAUAAUAUAUACAAAUAUAUAUAUAUACACAUAUAUAUAUAUAGUUAUUUAAAAAAAAGGCACCUGAAAGUAAUUAGACUUCUUAAGGAAUCAAAUUUAUUUCAAGAGACUACACAUGGUUAUUUAAUCUCUGGUACUGAAUAGUUUUUUUUCUUUUUUCUUUUGUUAGUUUUCGUUUUUAAGUGUGAAUGCAAGUGAUUAAUGAAUAUGGACUUAUUAACAAGCGUGGUUCUAAAGUUCCUGCUGUCAUCAACUUGGGCAACAAAUGACCCACUGGAAAGGCAAAUCCACUUAAAAGAUCUCUGUAUCUUGUUCUGUGACUAAAGUGAUACACUAAUCACGGGGAACCCAGAAUGAUUCAACAUUUUUCCCCACUCCUCCCUUGAUCUUUUGGUUAUACUAUGAGCCCUGCGAGAAUGCUGGAUAAAAUGCCUUGAAGUUUGCAGGGGUGUAUUUUUUUAGAGAAUAUGAUUUGCAUGUCUUGCCAGGAGCUAAGCAGCCUCUGUGGGGUGUUGGGGAAAUAUUUUCUUUCUUUCCUUUUAUUUUUUUGUGGGGUGGGGAUAGGGGAGGGCAUUGAAGUUCUACAGUUCUGGAAUAGUUGGUGGUACAUAGUUCACUUGGCUUUGGUUACAUAUUGGACUUUAAUAAGUAAAGAAUCCAUGAGUGUCAUUUAAAGAAAAGUUACAGAACAAACAAUUGGCUUUAGAUAUUUAAUAUGGAAAAAUACUCCUGUGCCCAUAUUUUAAUGUAAUUGUGUAAGUGGGAGCAAAAAUAUAUUCUGCUUUUCAACUGUAGGUGCUCCGGACUUGCUCUCUGUCACUAACACUAAAUGUGCUGUUUUUCUUGUUUUUCAUCAAACAUCUGAAGAGAAGCUUCUGUACCUUUCUGUAAAUUCUCUUUUAAUUUCUCAGAAAUAAUCUAAAGGGGGAAGAAAAAAGUCCAUGAAAACUAUGAAACUUCAUGUUUUUAGCCAGUGAGGAGGUAAUAAACCCUGCCUAUAGAAGGUGUGUUUCCAUUCAGACUAUACUUCUGAGCUUAUUAGCUUCUGAUUAUAUCUUAAUAAAUAUAUUUUAAUACUAGAGCAAAUGGGUUUUUUAAAGAAAAUAAUGUGAAAUUCUGGAAAUUUUCUUUUGGGCAGAGAAGAGCAUUAGCCCUGUCUUAUCACAUUACCAUCCUGUUGCACUGCAGCUUGUAUAUAGCAUGCUAAAAUAAUUUUUUGUGUGUGUGCAGAA